UGAGGAAGAACUGAACAAAGCACAGAGAGGCAGAGAAGGGAAAGAACAGGUAGUGUUGGUUGGCUUUCAAUCUUACCUCACAGCUAAUUACUACUUUCUCAGUGUGGUGAAAGAAAGCAAACAAACUCUGUGAGGAAAAACAGCAAACAGAAAAGGGCAGCUGAAGGCAGGAGAAGAGAAAGCAGAAGUAACAAGAAAAGCAGGGAGAGACAGCAGUUAAAAAAAAAACUUGGGUGCAGGAGAUUAAUUGAGGAAGAGAAACAAAACAGCAGAGACGAGGCUGUGAGGAGUGAGCGAGGGAGGGGAAUAAAGUAAGAAAACAGCAGACACUCAUUGACAGAGAGGACUGGACUUAACUCUAUGGAUUACUGACAUCAGCAAAACAAAAGAAGAAGAGCGUCAGAAAAGAGGUCACUGUGGUCCAGCAGCAGUGUAACGUGCCCGAGCCUGUCUACUAUGCAACUGAGACAGCUGAGAUAGAAAGACACAGUUCACACAGACAGUCCUCUCUGUAGCAGCACCAUGUUGAUGAAAGAGUACCGCAUAUGUAUGCCACUGACUGUGGAUGAGUACAGGAUUGGGCAGCUGUACAUGAUCAGUAAGCACAGCUGUGAGCAGAGUGGUGGGGGAGAAGGAGUGGAGGUGGUGAGGAAUGAGUCAGAUAUUCACCCCCAGCACGGCCCGGGACAGCUGACAGAGAAGCGAAUCUACCUCAACAGUAAACUGCCGUCCUGGGCGAAAGCAUUUGUCCCGCGAUUCUUCUACGUGACAGAAAAGGCCUGGAACUUCUACCCGUACACCAUCACAGAGUACUCAGUAUCAUUCCUCCCCAAGUUCAGCAUCCGCAUUGAGACGAGAUUCGAGAACAACAACGGCGAUAACGACAAUGUGUUUGGGGACACGCCGACCCCGGCAGAGAGUGUGAGUUUCCUGGAUAUCCUCAGCGACCCCAUCCCUGAAAAGCACUACAAAGAGUCAGAGGACCCGAGUCGCUGGCAGUCAAGCAAAACUGGCCGAGGGCCUCUGGAGGAAGGCUGGAAAGACGACCACAAGCCCAUUAUGUGCUCCUAUAAGAGGGUACAGUGCAGCUUCGAGGUGUACGGCUUCCAGACCAGGACUGAGGAGUUCAUACACAAAAACAUCCGGGACAUUCUUCUGAUCGGCCACAGACAGGCAGUAACAUGGAUAGACGAAUGGCACGGGCUGAGUUUGGAGGAGGUGAGAGAGUACGAGCAAGCGAUGCAAGAGAAGACCAACAGCAAAGUCAAAUCCAGCCAAAACAACACAGGCCCACCGGCUGCCUCUCGUCCUGUGUUCUCUCGCUCCAUCUCAGUGACAGACGAGCGUUCCCUGAAGAAGAUGGGAGUGACGACUGCGGCCAUGUCUGACCCCAAUGCCUCCUCUGUGCCACAAAGUCCCAUUCGCCUCAACUCCACCCCUGAAUGAUGCCUCACACACACACACACACACACACACACACACAUACUGUACAGCACAUACACACAGAAACCAAUGUCAACAUCCAGCAGAGUCAUGUGAUGUUUCUCAAACACGCACACACCCACAUGCAAACAGGAACAUUAACGAGCAGUUUGGACGUAUUUCCUCUCUAGUAGAGAGUCAGAUUAGUUUAUAUAUCUGCCUGUCAGGUUACAGGGUACAGCCAGCAUCAUACUACAUGUUAAUUGUUUUAUCUAUAUAAAAAACCAAGUAUGAAAAUGAAAAUUCAUAGUUUAACUGGGGUUGGUGUACUAGACACUGAAUUGUUUUGACACUUUUUUGGGGGGGGGCAAAUUAAACUAUUAAGUGAGAUACAACAUUUUUAUCCCUUAUCUGAACAAACUUGGAGGUUGAUUGGAACCAAUAGACAGAGGCAGGCUAGCCGUUUUCCCCUGUUUCCAGUCUUUGUGGUAAGCUAAGCUAAGCUACGCUAAAUUGCAGCUGGCUCCAUAUUUACAUAAGAUUUGAGAGCAGUAUUGAUCUUCUUAUUUCA